AGGACUUCGACCUCCUCGCCAGGCCGCUAUCCCUCCGCGGCGCCGCUGGCUCGGCGGACGAGCUGCCCGCGGGCGCCGGCGCGGUGGACAUGCCAGGACCGACGGGAUUCCGAGCGGUCGAGCGUGCUGGACAAGCGCCAGUGUUCGGCGGAUUCUGAGGAGACAGCAUGUCGCACGGUGGCGAGAGCUUCCACAAGAAGGUCAUGUGGAGGAUCUCCUCGAAGCUGUUCGCGGUCUCUGGCUCCACCACCCCGAUGGCUAGCUGGGACGACUUCGUGGGCAGCACCCAUUUCGAGGUCGCCAUUGGUAUCGCUAUUAUACUGAAUGGCAUCCAGAUGGCGUUCGAGAUCCAGCACCAGGGUCUUAAGCUGGGCAGCUCUCUCAACUACGGGUUCUACCAUAAUCCUGACCCGUGGCCUGGGGCCACGUAUCUAUUUGAGGGUCUUGGUUUUUUCUUCGGUGUCAUAUUCACUAUCGAAAUGACUCUCAAAAUCAUGGUAUUGCGUUUGAGGUUUUUCUGCAAUGCGUGGAAUUUGUUCGACAUGGUAGUGGUUGCCGGCUGGCUCGUCGAGACCCUCGGCGAGACGCUCCAAUACACUGGAGAGAGCCUCGGCGGAUACCACCGUCUUCCGCAUCGCGCGCCUGCUGCGACUUCUUCGCCUGGCGCCGCUUGGGGCAGGGCGGAGCAAGCCUCGCCGCUUUCCUCUCCCCCCCUGAGUGCCUCCUGCGAAAUCAUCCUCGUGGGCUUCUCUGUCUGGCAUACUCGCUCCUCCCUCCCUCCCGAUCGGAACACCCGGGGGGAACAGGAGGAGCAGAGCAGCUGAGCCCUGCAGAGCUCAGGGGGCGCCAGAGGGAGGGGAGUCCUGGACGUGCCCGCCCGCACCGUGCGCUUGGGCGCCCUGGCCAAUGAGGCUCCCGCCGCGGCGGUGCUGAGAGGCCCUGUUCGGCCCCGCCUGGCGCGUCGCCCGAGCGGGCGCGCGAGCCGGAAGACCACGCCGCUCCGCCAGAGAUGCGCGCGGGCA